AUGAGCGAGUCCACGAGCGAGGUCCCGGGCGUCGGGGAACCUCCGAGAUACGUCCGGUUCCUCCAGCACCUCGUGGCGGAGGGCGGAUACGGCCUGGACGAGUCGCACGCGCUCACGGGAUUGAAGGAAUGGAGGGAGGCGGAGGUGGUCGGGGCGCUGCUGAGGAACGUCAAGGAGCGCGCGCCGGAUGCGGUGGUGGGGCGCAUCUUCACCGCGGUGAACCAAGACGGUCUCGUUGUGCUUGUGGGCGAGGCCGGCGAGCCCGAAAACGGCGGCGACGCUCACGCGAACGGCUCGACCGAAGCGACGAGCAACGGCGCCCACCACGUGGCGUCGAACGGCACUGAGAUCACAUCAGCCAACGGGCGAGCGCCGCGGCACAGGGUCCUGACCGAUUGCCACAUCUCCGUUUGCACCCUCGACCAGCCGGUUAACCUCGGCGCUCCCGACGGUCGCAACGCGCGCGCGGUGUUCCUCGUCAUGGUCCCCGAAGUGGACUUCACCGCGCCGUGGGCGGAGGGCCUCGACAGGUACGAAUGCCUUCGCACGAUCAAGACGGCCUUUCAAAGAUUCGCCGCGCGCGGGACCUUCCUGAAGACGGUCUACGCGGACGAACGCAACUUGGAGGCAGCCACGGCGAGGCAGAAGCUCGCGGAGUUUCUCGGGGAGCGGAAGAGCGGCGACGGGGACGCGGACGGGGACAGGGACCCCGAGCUCGGAAAGUCUUCGGGGCGGAUGGCGGCCAAGGCGACGUCGACGAGGCCGACGUCGCCGAGGAUGUCCACGGGCGGAUCGAACCUGGCACGACAGAAAUCCAUCGCGAACAUGCUCACGCCGGGCGCGAAGACGACGCGGCUUCGACCCGUCGACCUCGUGGAGGCGCUGAGGGCGUCGGUUGCGGCGUGGGCGGACCACGAGCAGCGGCGUCUGUUGCUGCUCGCGGACGAGAACGAGCGCGAGACGGAAGCCGCGUCCAUGUACCAGUGGACGGGGAGACUGUGCGGCGGAGUGAUCGACGAUGUGACAAACAGGUGGGCGCCGCUGUUCGUGAGCGAUUGGAUCGACGGGGUCAGCGUGAAGACUGUGAGCGCGUCGCUGUUGAUGUUCUUUGGCUGCCUCGCGCCGUGCAUCGCGUUUGGGGCGUUGACGGACAUAUCCACCGGGGGUAAGAUGGGCACGAUGGAGUACCUGGUGGCGCAGUCGGUGUCCGGGGUGGUGUGGUCGAUCUUCGCGGGUCAGCCCGAGAUUGUGUUGCGGACCACGGGGCCGAGCACGGUGUUUCUGAUUGAGCUCGCGAGAGCGUGCGAACGCGAUGGCUACCCGUUCAUCACCGCGUUCGCGUGGACGGGGAUAUGGAGCGCGAUGUUCAUGAUUGCCAUCGCGUGCCUCGACGCGUGCACGCUGAUGCUCCGCAACUGCACGAGGUUCACGCAGGAGAUCUUUGGGCUCUUUGUCUCUGCCAUUUUCAUCCAAUCAGGCGGAACCGCGCUGGUGUCGUACUUCAAAUCGGAUGAAUACGACCUCGCGCACGCGCUCUUCUCCUUAAUCCUCGCGUUGCUGACUCUGCAGUUGGGUUUGUGGGCGCUGCAGGUGAGGACGUCGCCGUUUCUGCUCCCGACCAUGCGCGAGCUCACAGCGGAUUUUGGCGUCGCCGCAGCAAUCGCGGUGGGCACGCUCACCGCAUAUGGAAGCAAUGUCAAGGGCAUGGAGAUGCUCAAGAUGACGUCAAGCAUCGAGCCCGCCGAUGGUCGGGGCAGUUGGGUGGUGGAUCUACACGCCGGGCCCGCGCAUCUCAAGUGGCUCGCCAUCGUGCCCGCGUUGCUCCUCACCGCGCUGAUGUACGUCGAGAUGAACAUAUCAUCUCUGCUCGCAAACAAGCCGGAGAAUAAGCUCAUAAAGGGACCCGCGCACCACCAGAACUUUCUCGUCAUGGCGCUCAUCACGCUAGUAUUCGCGCUGUUCGGCUUGCCGCCGAUGACCGGUUCGCUGCCGCACUCGCCGCAGUUUAUCCGCGCGUUGUCAGAUGUCGAGGAGAUCACGGUUGGCGGCGAGACCCGCACCAACGUGAUCUGGGUCCGCGAGAACAGGCUCGCGCCGCUGCUGGUGCACGUGCUGAUGAGUCUGACGAUCGUCAUGGCACCGGCGCUGCGCCAGAUCCCGAUGGCGGUUCUGUACGGGCUGUUCUUGUACAUGGGCAUCACGGGGCUGGCGACUUCGCAGCUGUGGACGCGAAUAAAAAUGAUCGCGAUGGACCCGAGGCUGUUACCGCCGACGCACUACGUCAGGAAGGUGCCGCUGACCCGUGUGCACGCCUUCACGCUGGUGCAAAUGUGCUGCUGCGCGGCGCUGCUUGGGGUGAGACAGUCCCCGGCGGCGCUGUUCUUUCCGCUCUUUCUCGGCGCUCUGAUGCCGCUGCGAUAUACGCUGACGCACGAGGGGGUCUCGCUGUUCACGCCCGAGAUGCUCAAGAUGCUGGACAUGAUCGCCGAGGCUUCGAACGCGGAGACCGCGGCAAGGACUGGACGGACGGAUGCCGAGGAUCACCUGACGAUCAGGGGCGACGUCGCGGAUUUCGACCGAUCCCCGAAUCUCAGCACGUCCCCGUCUGGCGACCUGAAAGCUCCGCCCGGCUUGGGCGAGAACGGCGUCCUGGCCACGUGCCUCACAAACCCCUCCGGCGUCGGCGUCCUGAGUGGCACGCUCGUCUGCGCCACGGACUUGGGAACCCGUCGCAUCCUGCGCCCGAAGAUCCUCCCAUUGGCCUUGACGAGCGCCCAAGCCGCCGGGACCCCAAACACCAGCGCCGUCGCGACGCGAACCGUCGUCGGCGUCACGUGCGGCUGCAGUGCCUCCACCUUACCAGCCUCCUUCAUGGCGAACGCCUCAACCUCCGUGAAUAUCCGGAUCGCGGUGGCGAGCGCGGCGGUCGACACAGCUGUGACGCCCUCGGCGAAAGCCUUCGCGCCGUCGCCCGCGAGGGGCGCAGCCUUCUCGAAGACUGCGCUCGCGGAUGAGGUCGCGGUGGUGAUCAGCGGCUCCGUCGCGUCGUGGAGCGCCGUGGCGAGCUCCAUGACGUAUCCCGGCGCGAUGGUACUCGCGUAG